AACAGUACUGAACACACUGGCUCUGUCUUGCAGAGAAGGCUGCAGCUCUUACAUUAUUCAUGAGAAAACCUAGUGAGAGAGAAAGAGACAAGAGAGAGAGGCACACUGGUAUAGACACAGACACACAUACACACCACACGCACACACAUACACAUACACACACACUCACACACACACACAACAUCUCUAAAUAAGAUAUUAGGCACCAUCCCUCCUUACAAUAGCAUUUUGUGAGCUGUUCAGCUGUUUUCUCAGGAAAAAGAGUGGACUGUUCUGACAGCUGAACAACCUGGAUUUGUCAGCAGAUAAGGCCUCUUUCAUUUAACCAUUCGUUCGGAAUCUGAGGAGUGAGAUGCUGUGUCCUUGGCAACCAUAGUACCUACAGUUGGAGCAUGUGUGGAGCACCUUCAGUUGUUUUGUGACAUUUUGUUUCCAGAUAUCUUAAGGAGACAUUAAGACAGGUUAUAAUUUACAAAAAGACUGAAGAGUUCCACAAAAGAAAGCCUUUGACUACAUGUCCAUAAUCAUGGAUGCUUGACCCUAGCAGUAAAAGAUAAGUGAAAAAAAUCAGUAUUGUAUUCGGAAGGAGUAACAUUAAAGAAAGCCAGAAAUAAAGUUCUGGAAAGAACACAUGAAGUGUGAUAGAUUGACUGACUGAGAGUGAAUUCUGAGACCACUUCCAGCAUGAAAGAUGUGUUAGUGCAUAACACAACCCUAUCCCUGUGGAAAAUAAGUUUGAAUUAAACGUAGUUGUCUCUUCCUCAUCCUGUACAAGUUGGAUUUCCUACAUAAUUGACUGAAUUCUUGCAGAUUAAAAGAUGGUAAUCUGGAAAAAAUGCCAACUGUAUAUGGGACUGGUGUUCAUCAUGCAACUCUGUUGGAAGGUUUCAGCGAUAGAAGUCCCACUGGACCCAAACAUUGAGCGAUAUUUGCCUCAGCCGCCAACAAUUACAAAUCAGUCUGUGAAGAAUUAUAUAGUUGAUCCACGUGACAAUAUUCGCAUAGAAUGUGAAGCUAAAGGAAAUCCAGUCCCCAGCUUUUCAUGGACACGCAAUGGAAAAUUUUUUAAUGUAGCAAAGGAUCCCAGGGUGUCGAUGAAAUAUGGGUCUGGUACACUAACCAUUGAUUUCAGCAGGAAUGGAAAACCAGAAGAUUAUGAAGGCACAUACCAGUGCAGUGCUCGCAAUGACCAUGGAAUUGCACUUUCCAACAAAAUUAUCCUUCAGGUCUCAAGGUCGCCAUUGUGGCCAAAGGAACACCUAGAGCCUGUUGAAGUACAGGAAGGGGCCUCACUUAUUCUACGGUGCAAUCCUCCUCCUGGGCUCCCACCCCCUGUCAUAUUCUGGAUGAAUAGCACUAUGGUGCCUAUUUUUCAAGAUAAACGGGUUUCUCAAGGAUUGAAUGGAGACCUUUAUUUCUCAAAUGUUGUACAGAAGGACAGAGAGACUGAUUAUAGUUGUAAUGCCCGCUUCCACUUUACUCACACUAUACAGCAGAAGAAUCCUUAUACGCUCAGUGUCAUCAGCCAGAGUCCUCGUAAUGAAACUGCAGUAUCUCCUUUUCUGCAUCACACUGACAUUUACAGUGUUCGAGGUGUGCCAGAUCGAAUCCCAAGUUUUAUGUCCCCAUCCGGAACAAAAAGCAGUAAACUGGUGUUAAGAGGAGAAGACCUUCUUUUGGAAUGUAUUGCCUCUGGAUUGCCAACACCAGAUAUCGCAUGGCACAAGAAAGGAGGGGAACUGCCUUUCACAAAGGUCAGAUUUGAAAACUUCAAUAAGACCAUACGGAUUGUUAAUAUUUCUGAAGAAGACUCUGGAGAAUACUUGUGCUUAGCCACAAACAGAGUAGGAAGCAUUCGUCAUUCUGUCUCUGUAAGAGUAAGAGCUGCUCCAUACUGGCUGGAUGAACCAAAGAAUCUGGUAUUGGCCCCCGGAGAAGGCGGAAAGUUAGAGUGUCGAGCUAAUGGGAGCCCAAAACCAGUUAUACAGUGGUUGGUGAAUGGAGAACCAUUAGAAUCGGCUCCCCCAAAUCCUAGUCGGGAAGUAAUUGGUGAUACUAUAAUAUUCCAACGGGCAGAGAUAGGGUCCAGUGCUGUUUAUCAGUGCAAUGCCUCCAAUGAACAUGGAUAUCAGCUCGCUAAUGCAAUUGUUAGCAUCCUUGAUGUGGCACCUAUUAUGUUUGGCAUUCGCAACCAAGUUAUCAAAGUGUUGGAAAGGAAUAGGACCCGUCUUGAAUGCCCUCAUUUUGGUUCUCCCAUUCCAGAUUUAAAAUGGUUUAAGAACGGACAUGGUAGUAACCUAGGUGGAGGCCGAUUUCGAGUGCAUGCGAAUGGAAGUUUGGACAUUUCUGUGACUAGAAAGGAUGACCAGGGAAUCUACACCUGUGUAGCUACCAACAUCCUGGGGAAGGCUGAAAAUAGAAUCCAGCUGCAGGUGAAAGAACCCAGUAAAAUAUUGAAAGGACCAGAUCACAUUACAGUGAGACAAGGUUCUGCAGCUCGAUUCGAAUGCCGAGUAAGGCAUGAUGAAAGUUUAAAGCUCACAGUAACUUGGUAUAAGGAUGGUUCUCCUCUGUAUAUAGGCUACAGGAUGAAGAAGGAUGAUGAUUCUUUGACAAUCAACAACGUUGCAGAGAAGGAUCAGGGUGAAUACACUUGUAUGGCAAGUACUGAACUGGAUGAGGACUCCGCUAAGGCAAAUCUCACAGUCUUAGUUAUUCCUUCCACCACAGUUAGCCGUGUGGCGUCUUUACCAAAAGACCGUCCUGAACAACCACAUGAUCUUGAACUUACAGAUCCAGCAGAGAGAAGUGUGAGGUUGACAUGGACACCAGGAGAUGACAAGAACAGUCCAAUUAUAGAAUUUAUAGUGCAGUAUGAAGAAGAUAAGUUUGAGCCAGGGGUGUGGCACAAUCAUUCAUUUUACCCUGGCAGUAGGAACUCAGCAAUACUUCAGCUUGCUCCUUAUGUUAACUACAAGUUUCGUGUAAUUGCUGUUAAUGAAAUUGGGGCAAGUAAGCCCAGCCUGGCAUCAGAGCGUUACCACACAAAUGGUGAAGCACCAUCACUAAAUCCUUCAGGAGUCCAAGGAAUGGGUACCAAGAAAAACAACAUGGUGAUUACAUGGGAGCCUUUACGUGCAACUGAAGUCUAUGGACCCAACCUCAGAUACAAUGUCAUGUGGAGGCAAAGGAAUACUGCUGAGCUCUGGCAAUCUGCCACUGUUAAAACCACAACAUAUACUGUGUAUCAUACACCCACGUACGUCCCAUAUGAGAUAAAAGUGCAGGCUGAAAAUGACUUUGGAAAGGCAUCUGAACCAGAAGUUGUCAUUGGAUAUUCAGGAGAAGACUAUCCUCAGGCAGCUCCAACCAAUAUAAGAGUCAAUGUUAUAAGCAGCACUACUGUCAACGUGUUCUGGACUCCAGUACCCAUACAAAGCAUCCAGGGGGAUCUUAAAGAAUACAGAGCUUAUUACUGGAGAGUCAGCAGUUUACUUGAACACCUUUGGGUCUCAAAGAAAAAGCUUUAUGCCAGUCUCAGCCCACACAGAGCACGGGGCACUGUGUCCAAGCUGUUAUCUUACAGCAGGUAUCGGCUGGAACUGGUUGCUGUCAAUGGACGAGGAGAGGGACCACGCAGUGAAGUGCAAGAGUUCACAUUGCCUGAAGGAGUACCUGGAAUUCCAAAAUUCUUACGAGUCCGGCAGUGGGAUUCUAGCUCUCUCCUUGUGGAGUGGGGUCACCCUGAUAACCCUAAUGGAGUAAUUACUGGCUAUACCCUCAAGUACCAGACAGUGAAUGGCACCCGUUUAGGAAGGUUGACAACAGAAACAUUCGCUCCAAAUGUGACACGGUUCACCCUUCGAAAAGCAAGCCCAUUUGCACAGUAUAGAAUCUUCGUAAAUGCAAACACACAGAUUGGAGCAGGAGAGGUCAUCACAGAAGACUCACCAGGACCUGCAGCUACUCCAACACCAGGUACUGUGACAACAGCAGGAGCCGUACCAUGGGUGCCUUCAUCUACUGUCCUUGUUACUGAUACUUCUACUACUACUGCUGCUACUACCAGUACUACUACUACUACUACUGCUGCUACUACCACCACCAUUGCCACCACUACAAGUACAACAGCCACCCCCUCCACCACCGAGAGUGCACUACCAGCUGUCACUAAGAACCACUUCCUGGUUCCAUUUAGCCGGUCAAUAUGGAACGUCACAGCUUUGCCAAACACCCACUGGGCAAACAUUACCUGGAUGCACAAUUUUGAACGAGGAACGGUCUUUGUGAUUGAAUAUGUGGACAGUAACAAUACAAAGAAAACUCUCCCUGUUAAACCUCUGAUCCCCUCUGUUCAACUCACUGACCUAACCCAGGGAAUGGUUUACAGAGUGCGUGUUUACUCCCAGGAAUAUGACACGAUUGCCAGCCCAUAUGUAACCUUUGAGACCAGCUCAGCUUACAGCAAGAACCAAGUUGAUAUUGCCACCCAGGGAUGGUUUAUCGGGCUUAUGUGUGCAAUUGCUCUCUUGGUACUUAUUCUGCUGAUAGUAUGCUUUAUCAAAAGGAGUCGAGGAGGAAAAUACCCAGUCAGGGAAAAAAAAGAUUUGGCUCUUGGUCCUGAAGAUCACAAAGAAGAAGACGGUUCUUUUGAUUAUAGGAAUGAAAACAGGUCUCUUGAAAGUGACGAGGAUAACAAACCACUUCAGGGAAGUCAGACCUCUUUGGAUGGCACAAUAAAGCAGCAGGAAAGUGACGACAGCCUUGUGGACUAUGGGGAUGGUGGAGAUGGCCAGUUUAACGAAGAUGGAUCAUUUAUAGGCCAGUACACAGUCAAAAAGGACAAAGAAGAGACAGAAGGGAAUGAAAGCUCAGAAGCAACAUCACCAGUCAAUGCUAUCUAUUCACUGGCAUAACAGGAAAAAAAUGCACACACAAAACACAAUAAAGUGGAACUGAUGAACCAACA